CAUCUACAAGAUUCUAGCCUUUAAUCUCAUUUGGCAAUGACAUUUAAUUUUGACCUAAAAAAGGCAAACACAAAUCGCCAUUGCCGCCCCCUCCGUAACUUUCCUCCCCAAGUCCUCAUCACUGUGUUGGUCGACAUGUGAGUCUUCGAAGCUUCACAAAUCACAGCUGCCGAGAUCGCGCCACGUGUCAGAUCUGGUCCACACAAAAAGCCCUUUUUUCCAAUUUUUAAUUCCGAAUUUCAGUUACUGUCUCACUGAGACUUGAGAAAACUGCUUUGCGUGUUCUUCUUCCUGUUCAAGAAAUUGGAGGAGGAGGAAAAAAAUUAAUAAUUUAAUUGAAGUCUCGCUGGCGACGGGCAUCGGUGCCUAUAUAUUGGCCUGCUUUUCAUGCUUUUACUGCGGUGCCAACCAAAAGGUUCACGCUUUUGCACAACCCACAACUUCUCUCUCUCCUCUGAAUCUUCCUCUGCGUUGCCUACUUCGCUGUCGUAUUGACAGCCCUGAAUCGUUCAUGGCCAAGACCAUACUGGUCACCGGCGGGGCCGGUUAUAUCGGCAGCCACACCGUGCUUCAGCUUCUGCUCGGCGGCUUUAAGACCGUCGUCGUUGAUAACCUUGAUAACUCCUCCGAAGUCGCCGUCAACCGUGUCAGAGAACUCGCGCGUGAAUUCGGCAAAAACCUCUCCUUUCACAAGGUGGACCUCCGGGACAAACCAGCACUGGAUAAACUCUUUUCUUCAAUACCAUUUGAUGCUGUCAUACACUUUGCUGGACUCAAAGCAGUUGGUGAAAGUGUGCAGAAACCAUUGCUGUAUUAUAACAACAAUUUAAUCGGGACGAUUACUCUGUUGGAAGUAAUGGCUGCCCAUGGAUGCAAAAAGCUUGUGUUCUCAUCGUCAGCAACUGUUUAUGGUUGGCCGAAGGUGGUCCCAUGUACAGAAGAUUUCCCACUUGUUGCAGCGAAUCCAUAUGGACGAACUAAGCUUUUCAUUGAAGAAAUUGCUCGUGAUGUUUACUGCUCAGACUCUGAUUGGAAAAUCAUAUUGCUGAGAUACUUCAAUCCAGUUGGUGCACAUCCUAGCGGUCAUAUUGGUGAGGAUCCCCGUGGUAUCCCAAACAAUCUCAUGCCGUUUGUGCAGCAAGUUGCUGUUGGCAGGCGUCAAGCCCUGACGGUGUUUGGAACUGACUAUAAUACCAAGGAUGGUACUGGGGUUCGUGAUUAUAUUCAUGUAGUUGAUUUAGCAGAUGGGCACAUUGCUGCCUUGCAGAAGUUAGAUGAGGAUAACAUAGGUUGCGAGGUGUACAAUUUAGGAACAGGUAAAGGAACAUCGGUCUUAGAGAUGGUUGCAGCAUUUGAAAGUGCAUCUGGAAAGAAAAUUCCUCUUGUCACAUCUGGGAGGCGUCCCGGUGAUGCAGAAGUUGUCUAUGCAUCAACAGAAAAGGCAGAGAGGGAACUCAACUGGAAGGCGCAAUAUAGCAUUGAUGACAUGUGCCGGGACCAGUGGAACUGGGCUAGCAAAAAUCCAUUUGGCUAUGAUACCUCAGAAUCUACCAACUGAAAGCUGAUAGUUUGAUAUGCUUUAUAUUUUAGUUUAGUGUUUAUCAACAGUGGAACUAGACUAGCAAAAAAACCGUAUAGCUUAUGGACAUGCAGACUGAAAAGCUGAUAGUUUCAUAUGCUUUAUAUUUAGGUUUAGCGGUCAACUCUCACCCUCGAUGUAAAGCUUUUAGUGGCCUAGCAGAGAUUAGGUCUUCCUCCUGAGUUUUUGUUGGCAGAUUUUAAGCUGUUAGUCAUUGUGAUGUUGUGAUUCUGGCCAAUUAAUGUCAUCUUUUCAUCUUUACUUAAAAUCAAAGUUUUAGUAGUACAGUUCUAACCAAUUGCUGUUACUUUGUGCUAUCCAACAUGUACUUUGAAUCAUAAGAUCAUGAGAUCAGAUUGCUUUUGCUGUUUUA